AUGAGUUCCAAGACUACCAAUAAGAAAGGCAAGGCAUCAUUCCUUGAAAAGCAAAAGAAGAAAAAUGCAGCAAAAGCUGAGGAAGACCCUAGCAAAGAAGAAGCCAAAUCUGCAGGAAAAGACCAGACAAAUAUCCUAGAAGAUGUAGAAUUUACGAACUCUGUUGAAAUACCUUCAGAAGAAGCUAAAAAAGAGGAGCCAAGCGAGUCUGCCGAAAGUGUGGAUAAAUCUGAAGAUUCAUCCAGUAUCGAGGUUCUAAAAUCUUCUGAGCAAGAAAGUUUACAAGUUUCAGAAGAGAUCAAGCAGGAUGAGAGUAGCGAAAAAGCUAUUGAAGAGGACAAAGUGCAAGAAAAUAUAAAAGAAAAUGAGGAGACACAGCAAGAAAUAAAAGUUGAAGAGAAGAGCGAGGAAGCUAAGGCAGAGAGUCAACAAGAGGAGGAAAAGCAAGAAGUUGAGGACAAAGAAGUAGAGCAACAAGAGGAAAGCAAAGAAAAGAAGGAAGCGGCCACUGAAGAGAAGCAAGAAGAGCAACCCCAAGAAAGCCAACCCGAGCAUCAAGAAAGCCAGCCUGAGCAUCAAGCAAGCCAGCCUGAACAUCAAGAAAGCCAGCCUGAGCAUCAAGCAAGCCAGCCUGAACAUCAAGAAAGCCAGCCUGAGCAUCAAGAAAGCCAGCCUAAGCAUCAAGCAAGCCAGCCUGAACAUCAAGCAAGCCAGCCUGAACAUCAAGAAAGCCAGCCUGAACAUCAAGAAAUCCAGCCUGAACAUCAAGAAAGCCAGCCUAAAAAUCAAAAAAGCCAGCCUGAACAUCAAGAAAACCAGCCUGAGCAACGCCAAGCUCCCCAGCAAGAAAAAGCUGAUGAACCUCAAGAACGGCCAGAGCAGGAAGUAAAGGCUGAUUUCGAGGAAGAAAAAGUUGAGUUUGAUGGUGCAAUUCUCAUAGAAGGAGCAGAAGUCGAAGAAAAUUCUGGCAAACAAAUGGUCAUUGUAGAAGAGGAAGAAGAUUCUAUCAUAGGUGCAGAAACAAUUGAACCUGAGUCCCAAAUCGCAGCUGAGCGUCAAGCUGCACAUGAAGAAUCCAAAGAAACAAAAGAAUUAGUUCUACAAAUUCAUGAAAUCAAGCCUCUCAAAAAGCCUAAAAUUGAAUCUAAGGUUGUAUCUGGAGUAACUAUUGCAAUUGGAGCAUUAGCAGUUCUGAUCGGUCUUGGAAUCUAUUUUAUUCGAGGUAAAAAAUAA